AUGUUCGUGUGUGCCAGUGAACUUCGGCCUCUCAAUAGUUCAUUUCCGUUCACUAUUGCAACUAAGUCUAUGGUCGAUAGAAGAUGUAGCUCAACGGACCUGACACCAACACUCAUAGGAAUAUACGACUCACUCCUCGAACCUGAAAAGAGUCUUAGACCUGAAACAUGCCGUCUGGAAACUGCAAAAGAUGCCAGAAAUGAUCCUCCAGUGAAACCGACAACGGAACCAAAAGAAAACGUAUCUAAAAUCGAAGAAGCCCCAACUAUGAUGACGGGUGGUGUGAAACUACCUUUUGCCAAUUAUAACAAAAGUUCUUUAUAUGCCAUACGAACCAAAAGUGAUAGCGAUAGUGUAGGUGAUGAAGUUAAUAAGUGUAAAAUCAGUGAUGCAUCAAUUAAUAAUAUACAAAAGACUAUUAAAGAGACCAAGCAAGUCGCCGAUACGACUUUCGAUAAUCUUUCACCAAAUGUGAAAAGAAUGAUAUCUUCAUCGGAAAUGACUGCACUUAAAUUCCAAAAGAAAACAUCAAACAUUGGUAAAACGUCAAUGAGGAGAUCUAACAUUCCUUUAGUAGGGGCAACUUCAAAAAUAUCCCAAUCAGGUGUCGAAAUUUUACCGUCAGUUGAAAUAUAUGAUCAACCGUGUGUGGCCAAAAACUUAAAUAAGUCUAAAAGCGAAGAAAUUGAAUCUCCUAAAUCCGUGCCUCUAAAGCCUGAGUUCAAAAUAGAUGACGCUCAAACCUAUGAUGUACCAACGAACAAUCGUCCAGCUAUUUAUGACGUUCCAGUCAAUAAUAAAACAGCUUUUGAGUCACUAUCUUUACCUUACAUAGACCAAUCUAUCGAACUCUCUAUUACUACUAACGAUAGAGAAUUUGAUAUAAAGUUAUCUUCGAAAGAAAACUCGCCUUUGCAACAAAAAGUUUCUGUAGAAUCACCUGUGAAAAUACUAACAGAUGGUACAAACAGCUUGCAUCGUAAAGAUUUUCUCAGUAAGACGGAGACUCCACCUAAACUUUUGUCGAAGACUGUUCCUUAUCCAGAAACCAUAGGAUCUACUGGUAAUCUUAAAACGGAAAAAGAGGUUAUCAGAUUAAAUCCACCUGUUGUCGAAGUGUCACGGCCUUUAUCAAUGAGUUCCAUUGCUUCGUCUAGUUCGACCUCAAGCAGCGGGGUGCAAAAUAAAGGGGGAGUGAAUUCUGCGUAUUUAGCUUCGAUCGAAAGUCUGGAUGAUCAUAGUGAUGUUGACAUGACAUCAGCGAAUGGCAGUAACAAUUUUGUGAAUAAUGCCGGUAUUAUGACCGCGAGUGUUUCAGAGGAGAGAACUUCAGUGGACACGACUCCUCAGCACAUAGACGAAAUGCCAGGGCUAUCACAAUUAGAACGGGUUUGUGCAGAGAUAAUCCAGACUGAAAACGUCUACGUUGAAGACCUGAGGCAGGUGGUGGAGUGCAACGAUGCUGUUAAAACUUCGCGUUGCCUGUUUCCGAUCUCUUUGAAAUAUCAGAUGCGUGCCCAUUACCAAUGCCGGCGCCGACCAAAUUAG